CAAAAUUUCAGCAGCACUAAUUUUCACAACCAAAAUCUCAUCAAAUUUGGCCAGAAAAGUGAUUCAGCUAGCUGUGAAUGGUGUUACACAGCCCCAUCAAGCUCUCAGCUGAGGCCACGACGGUCUUUGCUUUCGUGUUAUUCGUCUACUGUCUACUAAGAUGGAAAACUAACCGUGAUACCACCAUAAAAAGCCCACCCCAACCAUCUGGUUCAUGGCCUUUAAUAGGCCAUUUACCUCUUCUAGGAAGAAGCCUUCCUCACAUUUCUUUGGGAAAUUUAGCAGACAAAUACGGUCCGAUUUUCAUGAUCAAGCUUGGUGUCCACCGAGCCUUGGUUGUGAGCUCAGCCGAGAUGGCUAAAGAGUGCCUAGGCACCAAUGACAAAGUAUUCGCAAACCGGCCUUACACAACUUUUAUUGAGCAUUUGGGUUACAAUUCUCUUAUGAUGGGUUUCAGCCCUUAUGGCCGUUACUGGCGUGAGAUGCGUAAGAUUGUUGUGACUGAGCUACUGUCCAAUAAUCGGUUAGAGAUGUUAAAACAUGUUCGAUUAUCCGAGGUAAAAUCGGUCAUAAAAGCUACACAUGAUAGCAUCUUAGUCAAGAGUAAAUCAAGUCCUGAUGACUUUGAAAAUAAUGUAGUAUUAUUGGACAUGAAACAGUGGUUUAGUGACAUAAACUUAAAUGCAUCGGUAAGAUUGAUAGCUGGGAAGUCGUUAAAGGAAUUCUAUCAAGGCGAGGAAAAUUGUAACAAGUGCAUAAAAGCUUUGAGGGAGUUUUUCGACUUGGGAGGCGUCUUUGUUCCUGCUGAUGCUGUUCCUUAUUUGAGGUGGCUUGAUAUUGGAGGGUAUGAAAAAGCUAUGAAGAAAAUUGCAAAGGAAAUCGAUCAUGUAGCUCAAGGUUGGUUGGAUGAGCAUAGAACAAGACGACUUUCUGAAGAUCAGGGGAAAGAAAAACAGGACUUUAUUGAUGUAAUGCUUGGUAUAUAUGACACUGGAUUGAAUAACUCUUCGCGUCUUGAAGCAGAUAGAAUCAUCAAGGCCAAUAGCAUGGCUUUGCUACUAGCAGGAACAGACACCACCGCGGUAACCUUAACAUGGACGCUAUCUUUGCUAUUGAACAACAGAGAAUCUCUGAAAAAAGUUCAAGCUGAAAUCGAUUAUCAUGUGGGCAAAGAAAGGCAAGUCGAUGAAUCAGACCUCAAGAAAUUAGUCUACUUACAAGCUGUUCUCAAGGAAUCGAUGAGGAUAUAUCCAGCUGCACCACUAUUAACUCGAGAGGCCAUUGCAGACUGUACUGUGGGUGGCUAUCAGAUUCUUACCGGCACCCAACUCUUUGUUAAUAUGUACAAGAUACAAAGGGACCCUGAAUUGUGGCCUGACCCUUUGGAUUUUCGGCCCGAAAGAUUUCUUACUACUCACAUGGAUUAUGAUGUCAGAGGGCAAAAUUUUGACCUUAUUCCAUUUGGAAGUGGCAGAAGGAUAUGUCCUGGUAUAUCUUUCGCCUUGCAGAUGACUCAGGUUACAUUAGCUAGUUUAAUCCAUGGUUUCGAUGUCUCAACUCUAUCUGAUGAACCUGUUGACAUGACUGAGAGUUUAGGAAUAACCAACCUCAAAGCCACACCACUUGAAGUCUGCCUCAAACCUCGUCUUCCAGACCAUGUUUAUAAAUUAUAAUUAUCCUAAGCUAGUAGGAUUGUUACCUACAAUAUCACUUCACCAUUUAAGUCGUACUGCUUAAUAAUGUUGCUAUUCGCUUUAAAUAAUAAAAACUACUAUGUUA